AUGCAAGACGGCCGUGCUCCACGGAUUAAAAAUCGAGCACCCGCUGCGAUCCAGAUCACAGCGGAGCAACUCUUGCGUGAGGCCCAAGAACGACAAGAAACAGCUUUCCGCGCGCCAAAACAGCGAGUUGAGGAUUUCGAAGAACUCAAUGAAUACCGGGGGCGGAAACGAAGAGAGUUCGAGGAGAGGAUACGAAGGACUAGAGGAAGCAUAAAAGAAUGGCUGCAAUACGCAAACUGGGAGGCCUCUCAAAAUGAAUUCGCCAGAUCCCGGUCCAUCUUCGAGCGCGCACUGGACGUCGAUCCACGCAGCAUCCAACUCUGGCUGUCCUACACCGAAAUGGAGCUCAAAUCCCGAAACGUCCAACAUGCACGAAACUUAUUCGACCGCGCCGUCACCCUCCUCCCGCGCGUGGACCAACUAUGGUAUAAAUACGUCUACCUAGAAGAGUUACUCCAGAACGUCCCAGGUGCGCGACAGGUGUUCGAGCGGUGGAUGCAAUGGGAGCCGGACGAUAAGGCUUGGCAGGCGUAUAUCAAGCUGGAGGAGAGGUACCAGGAGCUGGAUCGGGCGAGCACGAUAUACGAAAGGUGGAUUGCUGUGAGGCCUGAGCCGAGGGUGUGGGUGAAGUGGGGCAAGUUUGAGGAAGAUAGAGGGAGAGCGGAUAAGGCGCGGGAGGUUUUUCAGACUGCGUUGGAGUUUUAUGGAGAUGAGGAGGAGCAGGUGGAGAGGGCGCAGGCUGUUUUUAGCGCUUUUGCGAAGAUGGAGACGAGGUUGAAGGAGUAUGAGCGUGCGAGGGUGAUUUAUAAGUUUGCUCUUGCUCGUAUUCCGAGAUCAAAGUCUGCCGGGCUUUACGCUUCCUACACGAAGUUUGAAAAACAGCAUGGGACGCGGAGUUCUCUUGAGAGCACGGUGCUGGGAAAGCGGCGAAUUCAGUACGAAGAGGAGCUGGCUCAUGAUGGACGAAAUUAUGAUGUCUGGUUCGACUACGCUCGACUGGAGGAGGCUGCUUGGCGAGAUCUCAAGGACGAGGGAUCUACGCAGGAGGAGCUAGUAUCGUCCUCAGCGCGCGUACGCGAGGUUUAUGAGAGGGCUGUGGCUCAGGUACCGCCGGGCGGUGAGAAGAGGCAUUGGAGAAGGUAUAUUUUCUUGUGGCUGGAUUACGCCCUCUUUGAAGAGAUCGAAACCAAGGAUUACACCCGUGCUCGUCAGAUUUACCAAACUGCGCUCAAUCUGGUUCCACAUAAGCAGUUCACGUUUGCGAAGCUGUGGUUGAUGUUUGCAAAGUUUGAGAUUCGACGAUUGGAGUUGCCUGCUGCUAGGAAAAUCCUUGGAACUGCUAUUGGUUUAUGUCCCAAGGAGGCAUUGUUCAAAGGCUACAUUGAUGUGGAAGUUGAGUUGCGUGAAUUUGACCGUGCUCGCAGACUCUACGAGAAGUACCUCGAGUAUGACGCUGCAAAUGCCCCUGCUUGGAUCAAGUUUGCAGAACUUGAGGCACAAUUACAAGACUUCGCUCGAACACGCGCCAUCUUCGAACUCGGGGUCUCUCAAUCGCCAUUGUCGAUGCCUGAAGUUCUAUGGAAGGCAUACAUUGAUUUCGAGAUUGAAGAAGGGGAACGUGCGACGGCACGAUCGUUGUACGAAAGACUCAUCGCGCUCAGUGGACACGUCAAAGUGUGGAUAUCGUAUGCCCUGUUUGAGGCGGAGCCGAUUCCCAUUCCGAGGGCGGAAAGGGAAGAGGAAGAGGAAGAGGAAGAGGACGAGGAGGAGGACGAGGAAGCGGAGAGGAAAAUGGUUCCUGGUGAUCCUGUUCUUGCGAGACAGGUUUUAGAGCGUGGAUACAAGGAUUUGAAAAGUAAAGGGCUUAAAAGCGAGCGUGUUGCACUUCUGGAAGUGUGGAAGACCUUUGAGGCAGGUCAUGGAUCUGCACAGGACGUCGCAAAGGUUGAGGGUAUGAUGCCGAUCGUCAGCAAAAAGAGACAUGUCGACCAGGAGACAGGACAAACAGUCGAAGAUUGGGAUCUUGUGUUCGCGGACGACGAAAGGGAAUCGAAUCCUACUUCGUUCAAGUUUUUGCAGAUGGCGCAUGCUUGGAAACAGACUCAAGGGAAGGGUGGUCCUGGUGCUGGGGGAGGUGGUGGUGGCAUUUUGGCGGGGUUCAAGGCUGCUACGAAGGCUGCUUCUGCUGCUGCUGCUUCACAGGAUGAUGAUGCUCUGAGUGAUGUCGCUAGUUCGCAUGGUGGAGAGUCGGAUUAG